AUGAGUGCAACUGCCAAGGUUGGUAGAAACGCCAAGGAAGAGUCACCUGGAGAAUGGAAACUCACCGGACCUCCAGACAUUCUGGUCACACGCGAGUCGGCAAUAGGACAUUACUCCGAUCGGGUACAGCAUAAACCUAUCGCCUUUAACCAGAAUCAUUCUGAUCUACCCAAGUUUGGCAGUAGCUUUGAUGGAAACUACAGGGCCAUUGAGCCCUUCUUCAAAGAAUGUUACGACGACGCUUUGGAAGUGAUACAGAAGAGAUUCAGUGAUGAAGCUAUCAAACCACAAUACACCGAGCGUUCAAAAGGCAGAAGCCGUGCAACAUGUCCCAGCUGUUCCCAAAAAUAUUAUUCACAAAUCGAGCUUCUGCAGCAUCUGAAAGCGGAGGGAAAUGACAUCUGUUUCUGCAAAGUGCUUCGAUAUGCUGUUGAAAAUGGUCUGAGCACUGCAUCCUUACUGCUCCUAGAAGAUGGAAGAAUCAAUGCAAAGGUCGACACAUCCGGUUUGACAAUUCUUCACUAUGCAGCAAAGCAUGGGCGGUUGGAAAUGGUCCAGCUCCUUCUCGAUCGAGGCGCCGACCUCAAUGCGAGGGACUUGCAUGGAUCAACACCACUCUACCAUAGUGUAGAACUAGACGUGGCUAGAUUAUUUCUCGACCGAGGAGCUGAUAUUGAGACCAAACAUCGUGAAGAGGUUACAUCGCUUAUUAAAGCAGCUAAGUUGGGGAAUACGGAGAUGAUCAAGCUUCUGCUCGAUCGAAGGGCUAACAUUGAAGCGAGGGAUUGCCAUGGUCAGACGCCACUUAAUGCUGCGACUCGUCGUGGACAAACAGAUGUGAUCAAGCUGCUACUAGAUCGAAGUGCCAACAUUGAAACCAAAAACAAAGAAGCCCGAACGCCACUUCUGGUUGCAGCUCGUGACGGAAGAGCAGAUGUGGUGAGACUGCUUCUUGAGCGCGGUGCUGACACGGAGUCGAGGAGCAAUUCUGGUGUCACGCCGCUUAUUGCUGCAGCUCGUGGCGGAAGAGCAGAUAUAGUUGAGCUACUUCUUGACGGAGGUGCACACUUUAAGCGCCAAGAUGAUAGCGGUAAGACGCCGCUCAUGUGGGCAGUUGAGAGCGGAAAGGCAGAUGUGGUCGAAGUGCUGCGUAAUCGAGGGGCCAGAAAAUCCAAUUCGAAGGUCAAUGUCAUUAGCAGAUUUUUCAAUUCAAAAUAA